CUGCACUACGGGACCCUCCUGGGCAGCAGAGCGUGUGCCCACAUGGCAGCAGCUGCCUGGGCCAGUGCCUUUCUCUAUUCACUGCUGCACACAGCCAAUACAUUUUCCCUGCCCCUGUGCCAUGGCAAUGCCCUGGGUCAGUUCUUCUGUGAAAUCCCACAGAUCCUAAAACUCUCCUGCUCCAAAUCCUACCUCAGGGAGCUUGGGCUCAUUGCAGUUAGUGUCUGUUUGGUAUUUGGUUGUUUUGUGUUCAUUGUUUUCACCUAUCUGCAGAUCUUCAGGGCCGUGCUGAGGAUCCCCUCUGAGCAGGGAUGGCACAAAGCCUUUUCCACCUGCCUCCCUCACCUGACUGUUGUUUCCCUGUUUGUCAGCACUUCAGCAUUUGCUCACCUGAAGCCCCCCUCCAUGUCCUCCCCAUCCCUUGAUCUGGCAGUUUCAGUUUUGUACUUGGUAGUGCCUCCAUUUUUCUCCGCCUUCCCUGGAGCCACUUACUGUGUCAAUGAGGACCUGCACUCUUGGUGGCUUUAA